GAUACAGGUUCCUGUCUUUAACAGAAUCCACCCUCAUCAUCUGCUUCCAGAUUUCCUCUCUGAAUUCACUUUGAGAUUUUCUUUAAGCAGUAUGGCUGCCACUGUAUCUUUUUCUGCUGCUGCAGUUUUAGCCAGAAAUGGGAAACCCUUAUGCCGUUCUUUCAACACUUUCUGUUUCCGUCGCACCAUUUCCAACUACUUUUCUUCUUCUAGCAUCAGAAAUGUUAAACCUUUAUCAGCAAUUGUACAUUCUUCUUCCUCCUCCUCUUCGAUUUCCUCCUUAUUGGAAUCUACACAAAGAAGAUUCUGUCGUUCUGCAUCAUCUGAAACAGCAGCAGGUAUCAAUACAGCUGCUGAAGAUGUAACCCUAGAUUCUACUGUGUCAUCUCCUUCUGAAGUGGAGGAAGAAAAGGAAGAGGAGGACCCAAUUAGGAAAUCAGCAGCAGCAUUGGAUAUUAGGGUUGGAAAAAUUCUUAAAGCUUGGGUACAUCCUGAGGCAGAUUCUCUUUAUAUCGAAGAAGUUGAUUGUGGGGAACCAGAACCAAGAACUAUUUGCAGUGGACUUGUUAAAUAUGUCCCUUUAGAUCAACUUCAGGAUGCACAAGUAAUUGUCCUUGCUAAUCUUAAGCCUCGGAACAUGUGUGGUGUCAAGUCAAAUGGAAUGCUUUUGUGUGCCUCUGAUGCUUCUCACGAGAAUGUCGAGCUUCUUCAGGCUCCAGAAGGUUCAAUUCCUGGUGAGAGGAUAUGGUUCGGCGCAGAAGAUGAAAAAAAUAGUUCUGAACCUGCCUCUCCUAAUCAGAUUCAAAAGAAAAAGAUUUGGGAAGCGGUGAAGCCUCAUAUGAAGACUGAUAGUAAUUGUGUUGCUGCCGUUGGGGUGCAUCCUAUGAGAACAUCUGCUGGCUUAGUUGUAUGCAAAUCUUUGCGCGACGGGAAUGUAUCUUGAUAAACUAAGAUUGGACUCCAAAAUGCACGGUUUCUUUAUUUGACGCUAUCGAGGUGUUUUAUAUGUGGCACCAUGGUGGUAAGUGUUCUACAUUGUGAAAGGUUAAUAAUGUUUUCAAACAUUUUACGACAGGUUGUACCUAUUUUUGCUUUCGGGUAGUCUAUUGCUUACUUGUUGCAUGUGGUGCAAGUGCCCAGAGUUGUUCAACCCGGCACUUGCAUCUCAUACUGAAUGCGAAGGUGACUUGUGUUCAUGUCAGAUUGGAGACAGUUUCAUAUACAUUUGAUUCAGAUUAUUAAGCUGGAUUUUCUAGCAUGUCAUUCGCUGAAUCUAUGUUACCUGCACAUCAAUUGAAUUAUAAACGGAAGAUCAUUAUA